GCGGAGCUCGCGGCCCCGGCCAUGGGGCUGCGCGGGCUCGGGGCUCCGGCGAGCUGAGGCGGCGGCGCCGGCCCGCGCGCCCCUUGGGGCCGCCCCCGCAUCCCGCUCGCCGGCGUCUGGCGCUCAUGAUGAUGAAGAAGAAGAAGUUUAAGUUUAAGGUGGACUUCGAGCUGGAAGAGCUCUCCUCGGUGCCCUUCGUCAAUGGGGUCCUCUUCUGUAAGAUGCGGCUGCUGGACGGCGGCAGCUUCACCGCAGAGUCCCCCAGGGAAGUGGUACAAGCAAACUGUGUUCACUGGAGGAAGAAGUUCUCGUUUAUGUGCAAAAUGAGUGCAAGCGCCGCGACCGGCAUCCUGGAUCCUUGUAUCUACAGAGUAUCUGUGAGGAAGGAAUUGAAAGGUGGAAAAGCUUAUGCAAAGCUGGGCUUUGCAGAUCUAAACCUGGCAGAGUUUGCUGGAUCAGGAAAUACCACUCGUCGCUGUUUACUGGAAGGCUAUGAUACCAAAAAUACAAGACAGGAUAAUUCCAUUCUUAAAGUUUUGAUCAGUAUGCAGCUGAUGUCUGGUGACCCGUGUUUUAAAACGCCUCCUUCUACAUCGAUGUCUAUACCAAUUGCUGGUGAAUCUGAAUCUCUGGAAGAAGACAGAAAAGGUGGAGAGACUCUCAAAAUCCAUCUCGGAAUAGCAGAUCUUUCAGCAAAGAGUGCCUCUGUUCCAGAUGAACUUGGUGCCUGUGGACAUUCUAGAACAUCAAGCUAUGCAAGCCAGCAGUCAAAAGUAUCAGGGUAUAGCUCCUGCCACUCCCGGUCAUCCAGUUUCUCGGAGCUCUGCCACAGGAGAAACACCUCAGUGGGAAGCACGUCAACAGGCAUUGAAAGCAUUCUAGAGCCCUGUGAUGAAAUUGAGCCAAAAACAGCCGAACCAAACCUUGAUCUAGCCGGCAAAGAAGAUACGGCUUCAGACCUGCUCACAAGAUGCCCAGUGAAGCAAGAUUCUGUAGAAUCUCAGCUGAAGCGAGUUGAUGACACCAGAGUGGAUGCAGAUGAUAUUGUGGAGAAAAUACUUCAGAGUCAAGACUUCAGCCUAGAUUCCAGUGCGGAAGAAGAAGGCCUGAGGUUAUUUGUGGGACCUGGGGGAAGUACAACCUUUGGCAGCCAUCAUCUUCCAAAUAGAGUCGGAUCUGGAGCUUAUGAGCAAGUCGUGAUCAAACGCUAGCAGUCGGACUCCUGAACUGGAGCUUCCCUGGGGCUCUGAGACAUGGGCAGUCAAGCUGUCGAGGCACCUCAUUCAAGCACGUUCCUCUGUUAAGAUGAAAGCCAUCACCGAUUUCUUCUCGGAAAGUGCCCGCCACCAUCCUGUCCCACCCACCGAAAGGGAACAUCAGAACUGGAGCACCCACGGGCUGGGCCAUGUGUCGCUAGUGGCACACGGCUUCUGCGGUCACUGCACAGGAUAAUGAAAGGCCUACUUUUCCUUUCAGAACAGCCAGGUGGGGAAGGCAGCGCUAUACGCCCGAGUAUACCGAGUUCUGUAUGACGUAUAAAACCUGCAGCAGAGGUGUUCAACAGGUUUGGGCUCUAAUUAUAUCAUUUUAAUGUUCCGGGAGGUAAUAAGUGAAUCAUCUGAAUCCUAUAAAUUCUGUCAAAAUAGUUAUAAUCUCUUAAGGAAAUCUUCCAUGUUCUCUCCUACCUACAGUAUUGUACUGCUUAUUAACUCUUCUUGAUUGAAUCACUGAUAUAAAGUUUGGGUGUUCGUGUGUGGGGGAAAAUGUUAUACUACAACUUAAACGUGUAGAGUGCUUAAUUCUCACUGUAUCUGUCACAAAUGGAGUGUGUUUAAGUCUGAGAUAUGUGAAUGAGUGUAAUGCCAUUAUUAUGCAACACGUAUUGUUACUAGUUAAUGUUAGAUGAGCUGCAGAACUCCUACUAGCACUAUAGUUGAGAUUCAAGGUAAGUUUCAUAUUUAAUAGGUUAGGCUCCCAUAAGGCACCUUAACAGCUGUUCUAACUGAAUACUAUCUGCUGGUUUCAGGAGUCAGAAUUCAGGACAGGAGGAAAGUUGUAGCAUGUCAGAAACAGUGGCCUUUUCUGUGUUAAGUUCAGACUUAUAUCUGAAACUGAAAAUUAUUCUAAGGAGGUGGCAGAUAAAACCGGGGACAGCUGCUUGACAUUACUGAUAUGGACUCGUGGUUUCCUAUUUUAAGCUCCCCGCCGGGGGAUACUAUGGUUUUUUUCUUUACUGUAACAGUAGUUGUUUUGAGACAGUAGGCUAUGACAUAAUCCAAUAUAGCUUUAAAAGUAAGAAUAUCUGCUCUGGAUGCAGUUUAACAAGCUCAGCAGACCAUCUUUUUUUAUCAGAUGGGAAGUUUUUCUGGUCUUAAAUAAUAAGUUUUAAUGUUCUUGGAGUCACUCAGUCACUGAAGAAAAAUGCAGAUUCCCUAGAACCAGUAAUUCCCAGUCCUUCCUUUCAAAAGCGUGUCCAGAAAAAAACACGAUAUGUUAGAAUAACUUUGGCCUAGGUGAACCAUUUUUGUGUUGGCAAAGUAAGGGGAAAGUAUGUUAAGAAAAUUAUUUCAAUGUCCAAAUGUAGAGCUUUGGAAAAUUUUGAGUAGUUCCUGGUAGGGUUUUAGGUUUUUUAACAUUUCAAGGAUUAGGUAUUCUACAUUAAUCCGGUUCUAAUACAAACAGAUAUUUUUUAAAAGAUGAAACCCCAUGUUGGAAUCUUUUGAAUGUUGAGAGAGAGCUUGAGUCAUUAGUAAUACUUUUGUUAUUUUGGCAGGAAGAAAAUUGACCUGACCAUUUUAGUCUAACCAAGGAAACCGUUGGCUUAAGUGGUAAAGACUUGUUCUCUGUGAUUAACAAAGGAGCUGAUCCAUCCAUAUAUAUUAUUGGGGGGGAACUCAAAGUUUUUAAUAGAGAUAUGAAACUAUUGUUUACAAAUAUUUAUGACAUGUUUUAAGAACAUAUUUUUCUAUUUUUAAAAUAUUACUUCUAGGCUAUAUUUUUUAUUGGCACUUAUGCAAAUAAUUUUGCCAUUUUGAAAAUGAUAAAAACUAUUGACUGUAAGUGAGGUUCAGUGAGGACAUUCUUCAGUAUGUAAAAGGUCCUGUAAUUCAGACAUUGCCCAUCUUAUCCUUGCCUGCCCUCGGCCUGAUACCUUUAUACAAGACUGGCUCUCAGUAUUUAAAACGAUAUAGAAUUAUUUUUAAAAAACAAAAUGUGGAGCUCUUGAAAAGCAUAAAAAUCUUGCCUCUGUAAUUUUAGCAGCCACCAGAUACAUC